GAUGAACCUAGCUAGACAAAUUCCAUCCCUCGGCCGCGCACGGUGCAUCGCCACCACCAUACACACACUGCCGCAGCAGCGACAUUCUUCUCGCCGGCCGGCCAUGACUGCUCCCUCGUCACCGCUGCUUAUGCUCGCCCUCCUCCUGCUGACCUCGUCGGCGUGCACCAGCGCGAAGGCCGACGACCUGAAGCUCAUCCGCGUGUACAUGCACGAGACGCUCUCGGGGCCGAACGCUACGGUGCUGAGCUCGGUGCAGUCACCGCUGGGUGGCAACGCAACGUUCGGGCAGAUGGGCGUGCUGGACAACGAGCUGCGGGACGGGCCGCGCCGGGGCGGCUCGUCGGAGCUCGGCCGGUUCCAAGGCUUGUUCGCCAUGACGGGCUCCGGGAGAGCACUGAGCAUAUUGUCGGCGGUCAACGUCGUGUUCACGGCCGGGGAGCACCGGGGGAGCACGCUGGCCAUGCUGGGCACCAUACAUGACUUGCGGGCAACCGUCGAGCGCACCAUCGUCGGCGGCACCGGCGCGUUCCGGAUGGUGCGCGGGUACGGCUUAAUUGAUUACGUGCCCGAGGCGAGCACGCCGGGCCACGAUGUCUACAGGGUCGACUUGUUUGUUGUUGUCUAGGUUUUCUCCAUUCAGAGUGUUUUAACAGUCAAUCAUUGAAAUAAAGGGAAGGGAACGAAUGCAGCAUUAA